GAUAAUUCAUUUGAGUUUGAAAAACGUAGAAAUGAACCAGUGAAAUACCAGAGAGAGUUGUGGAACAAGACUGUUGAUGCGAUGAAGAGAGUGGAGGAAAUAAAGCAAAAACGCCAAGCUAGGUUUAUUGUGAACAGAUUAAAGAAGAGCAAAGAGUUGCAGAAGGCAGAAGACAUCAAAGAAGUCAAACAGAAUAUCCACCUUCUUCGUGCUCCACAUGCAGGCACACCAAAACAGCUGGAGGACAAAAUGGUGCAGAAGCUACAAGAGGAUGUGGCUAUGGAAGAAGACUCUUAA